AUGGUCAAGGAAAAGAUGGACGCGAAGGCUGCGGCUCACAUCAGGGAGUCAGGUAACGAUAAAAACUUUCUUAAAAAGGCCGAGGCUGCCGCGAAGAGAAAACACCCCAACGGCCCGGCCUAUAGCCAAUCUGGCGGCUCUGGCGGUGGCUCGUCCAGCUCUGCCGUACAGCUUGAUGGAGGUGCUGGUAGUAGCUCGGGCGGCGGCUCGGAGGAAUAG